ACCAAUGGCCAAUCAGAUCAUCUGAUAUAAGCCUCGAUCUAGACGUCACUUCCUCAGCACACUCUCCCUUCCGGAAAUCUCAAGCGUGACCGACGUUUCGUGUCUGUAAUAGGCUUAAAAAUGCGUUACGUGGCCGCUUACCUACUGGCAGUGCUGGGUGGAAACACCAGCCCCUCCUCCAAGGAUAUCAAGACCAUCUUGGGGAGUGUUGGAAUAGAGGCCGACGAUGAGAAGCUUGACAAGGUCGUCAAUGAACUGAACGGCAAAGACAUCAAUGAAGUCAUGAACUGUGGUCUCUCCAAGUUAGCCUCCGUGCCAGCAGGUGGCGCAGUCAUGGCCUCCGCCGCAGCUGCAGGUGGAGGAGGAGCUUCUGCCGCUGGGGAAGCCCCUGCCGCGGAAGAGAAAAAGGAGGAGAAGAAGGAAGAAUCAGAAGAGUCUGAUGAAGAUAUGGGAUUCGGGCUCUUUGAUUAAUCUUUCUUCUUUGAUAAAAAUAAAAACAAAAAUGGGAAAUUUUAA